AUGACCAAGACACUCGUCGUCCUCGGCGCUGGCGUGGCCGGCACGAGCAUCGCCCACCGCGCCCUCAAGAACACGGUUCCCAAGGCCAAGGACCUCAAGGUCAUCAUUGUCACACCCAACACCGAACAUUACUGGAACCUGGCUUCCGUGCGCGGCAUCGUGCCGGGCCAGUACGAUGACGAGACGCUCUUCACGCCCCUCGCGGCCGCCUUUGCCCAGUACCCCAAGGACCGCUACGAGCUCGUCAUCGGCUCGGCCGAGUCGCUGAACCCGGACGCCUCGACCGUCGUCGUGCGCACCGUCUCCGGCGCCGAGCGCACCAUCGCCUACGACGCCCUCGUCAUCGCCACGGGCUCGCGUGCCCGGGACGACAUGCCGUGGAAGGAGGUCGGCACGACGGACCAGACCAAGGCGCGCCUGGGCGCCCUGCGCAAGCAGAUUGCGGCCGCCAACAAGAUUGUCAUUGCCGGCGGCGGCACGACGGGCGUCGAGGUGGCCGGCGAGGUGGGCUUUGAAUUCGGCCGCAAGAAGGACGUCUACUUUGUCAUCGGCCAGGAGCUGCCGCUCGAGGACAACAUCCGCGAGGACGUGCGGCGCAUCGCGCGCAAGGAGCUCGAGAAGCUCGGCGUCAAGGUCAUCGACCGGUCCAAGGUGACGGGCGCGCGCGAGGGCGGCGCCGGCACCGGCAAGACGAUUCUGCAGCUGACCAACGCGUCGGGCGCGACGUCCGAGCUCGAGGCCGACGCGUACCUGCCGACGUUUGGCCUCGUGCCCAACACGAGCUUCGUGCCGGCGGGUCUGCUCGACAAGAACGGCCUCGUGCGCCAGAACACCGAGUUCAAGGUCCCCGGCUACGACAGUCUGUACGUCGUCGGCGACGCCGGCGACCUCGAGAACGGCACGGCCUACCUCGCCGGCCUCCAGGCCACCUUCCUCUCCAAGAGCCUGCACCACCGCUUCACCGGCGAGGGCAAGGUCGGCACCUACACGCCGGAUCCCAAGGUCGUCGCCGCCGUGACCAUGGGGCGCAGCCGCGGCACCGGGCAGAUGGGCACCUUCAAGCUGCCGAGCCUCGCCGUGUGGCUCCUCAAGGGACGGUACCUGGGUACGAACUACAGCAAGGACGCGGCCAACGGCAAGAAAUAA